GGGAGGAGGGCCUGCCUGGGGGUCCUGGGCCAGGGAUGUGCCCACAGGCCUCCCUGUAGGUGGGGCAGGAGCCGGGGCGGCCCGCAGGUUCCUUGGAGGGAAGGCCCGGCUGAGCCGUGGGGCGAUGGGGGGCUGCUGUCCGGGCUUUGUGGCCCGUCUGUGGGUAUUCCGGGAGCAAGAACGCUCCGCUGCCAUCUCCAGGCCCGAUCCUGGGUUUGCAGGGCUAUUUUACCAAGAUUAGGGGAGGAAGGGGGACAGGGUAGGCCUCGGCUUAAUCCGGAAUCAUUGGCUGCCCGUGCGGGGCAACGGACGGGCUUCGGGGGCUCCUGGGGGGCAUGGAGCCACCCGCCACCCCCCUCGGAGAACCGCCCUCGUCUGCGGAGGGCGCUCAGCCUGGGAUGGCCGGGUGCAGCACCCCAGGAGGGGGCCUGCGAGCCCGGGGUGGUUGACAGCCUGGGACAGCGUCCUGCACGGCCGGGUUCUGCCGGCCUCUCACCUCCUCCUCUCUGUGCCCAGAACUCCAACGUGGAGAACCUGCCCCCGCACAUCAUCCGCCUGGUGUACAAGGAGGUGACGACGCUGACCACGGACCCUCCCGAUGGCAUCAAGGUCUUUCCCAACGAAGAGGACCUCACGGACCUGCAGGUCACCAUCGAGGGCCCUGAGGGGACCCCGUACGCCGGAGGCCUGUUCCGUAUGAAACUCCUGCUGGGGAAGGACUUUCCUGCCUCCCCGCCCACGGGCUACUUCCUGACCAAGAUCUUCCACCCCAACGUGGGCGCCAACGGCGAGAUCUGCGUCAACGUGCUCAAGAGAUGGACGGCGGAGUUGGGCAUCCGGCACGUGCUGCUGACCAUCAAGUGCCUGCUGAUCCACCCCAACCCCGAGUCCGCCCUCAACGAGGAGGCGGGCCGCCUGCUCUUGGAGAACUACGAGGAGUACGCGGCCCGCGCCCGCCUGCUCACGGAGAUCCACGGGGGAGCCGGUGGGCCCAGCGGCCUCAACUCUCUCAGCAGGCCCCUCAUGGAGCUCUGGGGCCACCUCUGGUCUCGGCUGGUGAGGCGUGCUCUGGAUUAA